GUUGCGGGUUCUGAGCUGCGGUUUCUGCUCCGUGGCAGAAAGAUACGCCUGGAGUGCUGCGCCGUGAGCGCCCUUCGGGGGAGACUAGGGUUGUGCGGGCGAAGCCAGAGGCCGGGCCAUGGAUUCUGUGACAUUUGAGGAUGUUGCCGUGACCUUCACCCAGGAAGAGUGGGCUUUGCUGGAACCUUCGCAGAAGAAUCUCUACAGAGAUGUGAUGCUGGAAACCUGCAGGAACUUCACUUUUAUAGGAAACAAAUGUGAAGAUGAGAAUAUUGAAGACCAUUAUAAAAGCUGUGGAAAAAAUCUAAGAAGUUCUGUGUUUGAAACACUCUAUGAGCAUAAAGAAGGUCUUCAGGAUGGAGAAACUUUCACUUGGAUAGCAAAUGCCAAUGUGAUCAUGAAUAUUUCUAGUGACUUAACUCCAUGUGAAAGCAAUGUGUGUGGGAAGGUUUUCAGGUGUCAUUCCCCCUUCAGUAACUAUCCUACUUCUCACUCUCAGUACAAACCAUAUGAGCAUGAGGAGUAUGGAAACAAGCCCCAGAACUCUAACUCUCUCACUGCAUGUCAGAGGGGCAGACUGGUCAGGCGACACGACCAUCUGCACGUCUUUAAUCAGCGUAAGAAUCUUGAAAGACACGAAAUAAAGCAUACUGGAGAGAAACCCUAUUCAUGUAAACAUUGUGGUAAAGCCUUUAGAUGUCAUAGUCAUCUUCAAAGGCAUGAAAAAAAUCAUACUGGAGAAAAACCCUAUGCAUGUAAACAAUGUGGGAAAGGCUUUAGAUAUCACAGUUGUCUUCAAUUACAUGAAAAAAUUCAUACUGGAGAAAAGCCCUGUAUAUGCAAACAGUGUGGUAAAGGAUUUAGCCGUCACAGUAAUCUUCAAAGACAUGAAAAAAUUCAUACUGGAGGAAUACCAUAUGAGUGUGAACACUGUGGUAAAGCCUUUAGACAUGAUCUUCAAAGGCACGAAAGAACACAUACUGGAGAGAAACUCUAUGAAUGUAAGCAGUGUGGUAAAACCUUUAGAUGUCACAGUCAUCUUCAAAGACAUGAAAAAAUUCAUACUGGAGAGAAACCCUCUGAAGGUUCACAGUGUGGUAAGACCUUUACACUCAGCAGUAGUUUAAAAUUACAUGAAAAAAUUCAUGCUGGAGAAAAACCCCAUCAAUGUAAACAAUGUGCAGCCUUCACAUUUCAUAGUUCCUUACAGUUACUAGAGUAAAUUAAUUGUGACAGAGAACCCUGUAAAUGUGAACAAUUCCUAUGGUUAAACUUCCUGAAAUUACAUGGCAGAGCAGUAUCACACCACAGUGUUCUUUUAAUGUCAAAUAACUCAUGGGAGAAAAUUCCUAGAGAUGUAAACUCCAACUGUUACUAAUGCUUUGUAUAUGAGUUCACUUCAGUUAUUGAUAAGAACACACUCUCAAAUCUCUAUUAGAACAUAAACAAUGGGGGAAAGAGUGAACUAUCACAGUUCCUAACAGCUACAUUGUUUUAUGUGAUUUUUUUCCUGGGGAGAUGUGAGUGGAAGUCGACUCACCUGAGAUAGGGAACUAAUGACAGAAGUUCUACCAAAGUCCUAUUAGUUGAAUCAGUGAUUUUAUUGGGGUUGCUUCCAGGAGCGUGGACAAUCACAGACAGCUGCCAUCACCAAAAAUCCCUUCCAGUUUAAGCGAUGACACAUGGAAGCUGCAGUCCUGGAGAUGUCUGCACAACUGGCAGGCAGCUUGGUUAGUUGGGGGAUUUCUUCUUUACACAGUUGUUUACUGCAUCUAUAACCUUGUGGAGUGGCCUUGGCAGUCAUAUAAUUUGAACGCUCCAGAACUCAUUUACUUCUUGAGUCUCAUGCCUCCCUUUGAGAGAGACUGUGUCAGUUUGUAGGAAAUUUCUCAAUAACAGACCAGCCUUUCCUCUGGCUCUUACAUUGUUGUAAUUCUUUUAUAUACUUGAGAGCAGAGAGUGUAGAUAUAAAUAUCCAUCCAUGGGCAACAUUGGGCCACUGUGUCAGAGCAAAACUCAUGUUUCUCAAAAUCUUCACCAUUGGUGUUGUACCAUCCAAUGUACAAGGAGAUCUCCUUCCAGGCAGAAUUGAAGCUGACGAUAGGAGUGAUCUAUUAGGCAUGAACUGAAAUGUUGAGAAGGGAAUUUGAGAGACACAUCACAUCCACCUGACAAAACAAUAGCAAUUGCUUCCCUAUUGCGGCCUAUGACUGAUCCAGGAAGUUUUAUUCCUGGCUUAUAAUAUUAGACACAAACUUUCUCCCAUGGAGUGGGCUGUAAAUCCAAUCUGAAAGCUGCUUGUUGAACUCAAACAGUAGUUGUGCCACUGUUGCACCAGGAGGCAUAUUCUGCCUGUCCUGUUGGUACUGGAGCAUCCAGGGCUUAUAGCUAAGCAAGGCUGCUGGUGUCAGUUCUCCUCCACCAGACUGCAUUACACCUGGCACCAUCCAAGCCAGCCAGUAUGGAGGAAGAUUCCACCUCAUUCCAGCUUUAUUUCUCCAUGUCCUGCAACCCAAGCAUGCGAUGUCUUCAGCAAUAGUGGCUUACCGUCUACUUUCAACAAGUACCCCCAAAUAGUGGCAAUAGUCUUCAUGGUUUGUGGGACAGAUAAUCACUUGCCUCUGCCUCCUAAGUGGUCGUGAGGUCUCUGCCAAAACUUGGCUAAUAAACCAUAAAAAAAUUAACUUAGCUCCAGUAUGCUUGUGAGGGGGACAUUUGCCCCUGAUUGCUUUUAGUUCAGUUCUGAGCAUCAGUGUUUGUGAAGUGAGUAGGCUUGUCACAGUCAAUUAUGUCAAUUAUAUAUCAGUUAGGAGAAAGCCUUGAUGACGGCGUU